CAUAUAAUACUACUAAUAUUCAACAAUAUCUGAAGAAACAUGUUAUGUUCUCCUUGUAAGAAUAAUUAAUACGGAGUAAUAUUAGCCGAAGAUACGACGAAUAUACAUGUGAAAUAGGUAUAUCAUUCAUUCUACAGCCAAAACCCUCGGAGAUACCAAAUCAACACGACAACAGCCACGGGACACCUGUAUGGUUGUAAUUCAACUUCUUGUCCACAUCUUCUUCUUUUUUUAUAUGAAAAAAAUAUUUAAAAAAAAAACAGAAAAUCUCCCACGUCGUUUACAAGGAAAAAAUAAGAAGAAAAAAAGGGAAAAAGAAUCUGAUUAAUUGACAGAAAUACCCUCAUCUCCUACCUCAAGACAGGGCCAGCCCUUCCUAAUAUAUAUGUAACAACUCGAUACAGAGCUUGGCUUAUCUCUUAUCCGAAUCCCAAUUUGUCUAUCUGUCUCUCUCUCUUUUGUUUUCUCUGUUAAAAAGAAGAUCCCAGUAACGGAUCUCUAAAAAAUAUCUGUUACUUUUGUUCAUAUCUUUUACUUGUUCAAACUAUUAGUUUUUCCUUUCGCUUCUUCUAUUAAUAUACAAACACACACUCUCUCUCUCUCUCUCUCAGACUUUUUCUACGGCGUUGAUUCAUUCGCUAUGUUUACGCUGAGCUCAUUUUCUGGGUACCGUAAUUGACCUUGCAGAUUCUGUUUUAAUGGUAGAUUCUGACACGGUGGAAUUCCCGCCGGAGAACCGCCGUGGACAGCUCUUCGGCAAGUACGAGGUCGGCAAAUUGGUGGGAUGCGGCGCCUUCGCGAAAGUGUACCACGGGAGGAACACAGCGACGGGUCAGAGCGUUGCGAUCAAAGUGGUGAGCAAGCUACGGCUGCAGAAAGGAGGACUCAAUGGCAACAUUCAGAGGGAGAUCGCUAUCAUGCACCGUCUCCGCCACCCUUAUAUCGUGCGCCUGUUCGAGGUCCUCGCCACCAAAUCCAAGAUCUUCUUCGUCAUGGAAUUCGCCAAAGGCGGUGAGCUCUUCGCCAAAGUCUCCAAGGGCAGGUUCUGCGAGGAUCUCAGCCGUCGCUAUUUCCAGCAGCUCAUCUCCGCCGUCGGAUACUGCCACUCCCGCGGCAUCUUUCACCGUGACCUCAAACCUGAGAAUCUCCUCCUCGACGAGAAGCUCGAUUUGAAGAUCUCUGAUUUCGGACUCAGCGCUCUUACCGAUCAGAUCCGACCCGACGGCCUCCUCCACACCCUCUGUGGUACCCCGGCAUACGUGGCGCCGGAGGUUCUGGCGAAGAAAGGCUACGACGGUGCUAAAAUCGACAUCUGGUCAUGCGGAAUCAUAUUGUUUGUUCUCAACGCCGGUUAUCUGCCUUUCAACGACCAUAACCUCAUGGUCAUGUACCGGAAAAUCUACAAGGGAGAGUUUCGCAUUCCCAAGUGGACCUCACCGGAUCUCCGGCGACUUCUGACUCGGCUUCUCGACACCAAUCCGCAGACGAGGAUCACUAUCGAAGAGAUCAUCCACGAUCCAUGGUUCAAACAGGGCUACGACGAUCGGAUGUCAAAAUUCCACCUCGAGGACUCCGAUAUGAAACUCCCGGCGGACGAUAUCGACGGCGAGAUGGGAGCAAGGAGGAUGAACGCAUUCGACAUCAUCUCAGGAUCCCCAGGAUUCAAUCUCUCCGGUCUGUUCGGCGACGCUAGGAAGUACGACCGAGUGGAGAGGUUCGUGUCGGCGUGGACGGCGGAGAGGGUGGUGGAGAAGCUGGAAGAGAUCGUGGCGGCGGAGAAUCUGACGGUGGCGAAGAAGGAGGCGUGGGGGAUGAAGAUUGAAGGGCAAAAAGGUAAUUUCGCGAUGGUGGUCGAGAUAAACCAGCUAACGGACGAGCUGGUUAUGAUAGAGGUGAGGAAGAGGCAAAGAGCCGCUGCAUCUGGACGAGAUCUAUGGACAGAUGCACUCAGGCCUUUCUUCGUCGAGCUUGUGCACGAACCAGACCAGACGGACACUCAUGAACCAUCUCUAGUAAAUACGACGUCGUAGUUUAGGUAUCUGUCAAAAUAAUUAUCCCCAUAAUAAUUAAAAAAAUAUAUAUCCCGGGUUAUCUGUAAUU